AAGUGGUGGCAAAUUUGCUAUUGCUCAUUAUAGUGAAUGCUGACUUUUUCCUGGAGCAACACAUUCCUACAACUUCUACUGUGAUCCCAUUUUGCAGUGGAUUCUACAGACAAUUAGAGUUGCAGAGUCAGGGUCUUCCAUUCUUAGAGGACCAGGUAGGUCAGGUGGGGAUGCUGUGGAGGUAGCCCUGGUGUGUCACAUUGCUGUGAGGACUGCUGCAGACUUGAUAAGAUGUCUCUCUUCUCAUCAUGGAUCAAAGUUAUUUUCAUUAUUGGCUUGGCAUGUCCUCUUUAUUUUGAAACUGCUUUUGUACCCUUAAGAGAGACACGUGAAACUCCAGAAUGUAACGUGUAUGUGGAUCGGUUACAUUUUUGCACCAGAGAAAUGGACCCAAUCUGUGCAACGAAUGGCCGAACGUACUCCAAUAAAUGUGUUUUCUGCAGUGAAAAGCUAGAAGAUAGUGGAAAAUUUGAUUUUAGUCAUUGGGGUUGUUGCUGACUCUGCCUCAGCCACACAUUCCUAUGGCUUUUAUAGCAAUUCUAUUGUGAAAUGGAUUCUACAAUUAGUCUUCUCCAUCAGGGCUUUAAAUUCCUAGAUGAUCAGACAAAGCCUUCAAUACUACAGAAGAUGGAAUAUAGAUCGUUGAAGAAUUUUUCCAACUCUAAGAACCUGCCAAUGAAAGAUUUCUAUUUUGUCUUCAGUUAUUCAGUGACAGUUGAAAACCCAUCUUAAUUGUGUGUUCAAUAAUACAAAACCUAAUGUAAUUUGUAAUCA